CCAUGCUUUUCCACGCCUCCGCGCCUGCACACUGACCUCAUUUGCCAUGGCGUCCGCCGGUAGGACACGCACCUCAGAGCUUCCCUAUAAUCCUUAGACCUCACCCCUUCCCUACCACUCGUUCUCGAUGUCCGCAGCCUCCAAGGAUGCGCUCGUGCAGACCGUCCGCUCGCUGCGCAUCAUCGCGCUGCCGCUCACGCGCAAGCCCUUGUCCUUCAAGAACGCGCUGCGGGACACGCACCCGCUGAUCUACUACCACUUCCAGACGCCGCCCGUGCAGGAGGCCGCGCGCAAGGGCGCGAUUGCGUGGAUGACGAGGACCGUCACGAAUGCGUGGUCGAACUUUGGCAAGGCGCCGGAGGGCAGCUGGAAGCUGAAGACGUUCCGCUACGGGGAGCGCAUCAUGGACCGUAUAGAGUUUGAGGAGCUCGCGCUGAAGGGGCUCGAUCCCUCCCUUGGCCCGAAGCUGACUGCCCCGGGCAGUGCAAGUCAGGCGGUGGAGGAAGAGAAGGAUAGCAUAAAGAUCCCACUAGUGUAUCCCCCGUCGUAUACAGGUACACCGCUGUUGCACCUACAGUCCCUAGUGGCGAAGCGGCUGCCCCGACAUAGAAGAGGCGCAUGGACAUGGCUUCUAGUUUCCCCCUUGACAGCCCCGGUCGCCAUCAUACCCAUUAUACCUAAUCUGCCGUUCUUCUUCUGCAUCUGGCGGGCAUGGCACCACUAUAGAGCGUUGAAAGCGUCGCAGUAUUUGGAGGCGCUGCUGGAGCGGGGCGCGAUCGUCCCGGAGGCGAGCAAGGAGCUGGACGCGAUCUACGCGGCGUACGCGCCGCAAGAUCCGUCGUCCGCGUACUCGCCGGGAGGAUCGACGCCGAGUGACCCCGUGCGUGAGGCGGGGGCCUCAGGAGAGGAAGGCGUCGAGGAAGCCCUGCUGCUGAGCCGCGACGCGGUGCCUCCAAUAUUGAGGGCAUUCGAGAUGGCACCCACGGCGGCGACGGAUAUAUACCGUGCCCUCGCGCAGGCGGACAUGCGGACACGGAAGCGCCGCGGGUCGUAGGAUUAGAUGGCCGUGCUAGGACAUAUACAGGGGUGUCUGUGUAGUGAAUUC